UGUUCUCUGCUCUUGACGCCAUCAUCUUUUGUUUACACGCCGGGCGGAGCUGCCUCCUCCUCCUUCUCCUCCGUCUCCAGGAACACAGACUGUUUGAAAACCGCAAACACGGGAGUUCACCUCAGUGUCUGAUUCCGAUAGCGAGGAAACAUGUCGGCGAAUGGAGCAGGACGAGCGGGACAAGACUCCACGGACGCGAAGACAAGCGACGGGCAGAGGUCAGAGGCGUCUUCGUCGGCUCCGGAGGAAGUGGACGCCAAGGCCCAACCCCACAGCUUCAGAUACAGCCUCGAUUUCCCCAGCAUCGGCCAGUGCAUCAUCAUCAACAACAAGAACUUCGAUAGGGGAACAGGCAUGAAUCAGCGGAAUGGGACAGACGUAGAUGCAGCCAACGCGAUGAAAGCCUUUGCCAAGUUGGGAUAUAAAGCGAAGGUUUACAACGACCAGACAGUCGAGCAGCUGAAGCAGGUUUUACUUGCUGUAUCAAAGGAAGAUCACAGCUCCUCGGCCUCGCUCGUGUGUGUCCUGCUGAGUCACGGAGACGAGGGCGUGUUCUUCGGUACCGACGGCUCAGUGGAGCUCAAGUACCUCACGUCGCUUUUCCGAGGCGACCGCGUCAAAUCGCUGGUGGGAAAACCCAAACUCUUCUUCAUACAGGCUUGCAGAGGCACUGAUCUGGAUGGAGGGAUUGAAACAGACAGUGUAGACGAUGGUGUGAUCAAGAUCCCCGUGGAAGCUGACUUCCUCUACGCCUUCUCCACAGCCCCAGGCUACUACUCGUGGAGGAACACCACGACCGGCUCCUGGUUCAUGCAGUCGCUGUGCGAAAUGAUCAGCAAGUACGGAAAGGAGUUGGAGCUCCAGCACAUCAUGACACGAGUGAACCACAAGGUGGCAGUAGAGUUUGAGUCCGUCUCCAAUUCACCAGGUUUUAAUGCAAAGAAACAGAUCCCGUGCAUCAUGUCAAUGCUGACGAAAGAGAUGUAUUUUUCCCGCUGAUGUCGUCUCCUCACCACAGAGCUUCAUCGGGCUUCAGGGUUGUGCUUGUGAAGUUUACACAUUCUGACUGAAAAUCUCUUGAAACCUCCGUUUACAUAAAUCUGUCAGAGCAGAAGUGAUGCUAAAUUGCUUUUACUCAACAAACUUGGGAUUACAAGGUUCUUACUGCACUUUUCUAAAAACACAGAAUUUGAAAGUUUUUCUCAGCAGCACGGUUUUUUUUUUUUACACAUUUAAGCUUGAAAUAUCAUUUUUAAAACAAUAAUGUAAUAAAAACAUUUGAAUUCCUUUUAAAAAUCGUGAAAAUUUGCAGGUAAUAAGACAAUUGGCCGUGUAAUUCCCAGUUUGUUACCAGUAGAUGCCUCUUUGCUGUUUACACUGUACAACAUUUCAGGGAAUUAAUAUCUGGAGCCAGUUUGAUAGGAAGUUUGACUUUUUAUAUCUGUUUAAUCAUGAACGUACAUUAGGUCAGUCAUUUGGGGUCAUUUCUGUGGAAUCUCAUUUUCUUUCCAAGUUUAUAUCUUUGCGGUGUCUUCUACAUGAAUGGCUCCUCUUUUUCAUACUGAGAUAUUUGUAUUCCUCCAGUUUUACAUCCAUUAGAGUUUUCCGGACAUUUACUGCUGUAUCGCAGGAACAUUUCUGGAAAAUGUCUGGAGCAACUGACACGGACAUUUGCAUUCUCACAUUACAGCCUCGCAAAGAAAACUUUUCAGGUCAUGUCUGGCUGUGUGGAGCCUGAACGAAGGCAUCACUUGCACUCCAUAGGUACAUUAAAUGAUAAAGUUGUGUGGCACAUUCAGGAGCACCCAGUAAGCUAUCACAUGUGUGUGUGUGUUAUUUUUUUUUUAGUGUUAAGGCUUAAGAUUGCAAUUCUUAAUAUUAUUCAUUAUCUAUUUUCUGAAACAUGGAUUUCUUUGAACAGUUGCCUGUGAUUGUCCUUUCAUAUGGGGACACAAGCUUCUUCGUAGCAAACAUGAGUAAAGCCAGUCGACCUCCCAGAUGCUGUUAUAUGAUGAGUAAUUGAUACUUAUUUCAUUACUUAGUCAGGUGCGUUUUAUUUAUUUCUUGUGGGGGGUUUUUUUUAUACUUUAUGGCAAAUUGGAUACUUUCUGACUUCUUCAAAAUAAUUUCCAGUGGACUGUUGUAAAACUGAGUCAAACUUUUAUAUGUAACCAUCAGGAUUGAGUGACUGUAUAACUGGGCACAAUUUGAUCUAAGUUGUCAUCGAGGUCCUGCUCAUUUUUUUAAACUGAAAUCACAGUUUUUAAUGCAGCAAACAAUCAGGAAAACUCUUGUGCAUUUAAAUAAUAUUCCAGUGCUAUUAGACAAUCCAAUCCUUUGAAUUUACUUUAGUUUGCAAUGAAUCUCACUCUUCUUCUUUUUAUGUAAUAUCACUGCUGUGUGGUUGGUGUUUUGUUUUUCCUGAAGAAUAAAGACCACUUUUCAUCGA